AUGUCUGCGCCGCCCGCGCUGCAGAUCCGGGAGGCGAACGCGCACCUGGCGGCCGUGCACCGGCGCGCGGCGGAGCUGGAGACGCGGCUGCAGGCGGCGGAGCGCACGGUGCGCGCGCAGGCCGAGCGCCUGGCCCGCCACGACCAGCAGCUGCGCGCCGCCCUGGACGAGCUGGGCCGCGCCAAGGACCGGGAGAUUUCUGCCCUCCAAGAGCAGCUUCUGAGCUCUGAAGCUGCCGUCCGCAGUCUGCAGGCCGCAGUGGACCAGAGGGACCAGAUGAUCCAGCAGCUGCAGCCCCGGGCUGACUUGCUGCAGGACAUCGCUCGCCGGCGACCACCCCUGGCUGGGCUGCUGGCCGCCCUGGAGGAGGCUGAGCGACUGGGCCCCUGGCUGGCCAGCAACCAGGGCCAGCUACUUCCCGAUGGGCCUGGCCCUCCCCUGAGCAACAGCACUGGGGAGGAGGGCCAGGACAAGCUUCAGCCUGCCGUGUUUGGGACCACUGUGUGAGCUGCCCUGGCGGUUCAGAUCUCAGAAUGUGCGGCCAAGGCCCAGAGCCCUGGACAUCACCAGUGUCCCGGAGGGGACCUGGGACAUUACUGGGAUCCCAUCUAAACAUCUAAACAAGUGAAAGGCCAAGAUCUCAUUUAAAACAGUUUUUUCCCCCAGUGUUUGGGGUAUCCGCUACAUUCAGUUGAUUUUGAAUAAUUCCCAAAAUAAAGAAGCCUGGGGCGGUGGCUCAGGGGUAGAGCCCCCCACCUAUCAUGCACAGGCGUGGUGGCAGCCUGACAGACGGACACCUGCCGUCCCAGCGCUGGUGAAGUAAUGGGAGUCUGACCCCCUCAUCUCAGUUUGACUCUGAAGCUGUGCUGUUUCCUGUUUGAGACGGUUCCACAGAGCCUAGGCUGGCCUCUAACUUGCUAUCCCAGGA